AUGGAUCCUGAGCUUCUGGACGCUGAGUUCAUCCUUUACCAGGGGUCCACGGCUUUGGCACAACAAGUUAAACAGGACGCAAGUGACUCGUGUUGCGUAGAUGAUAAGCACGCUGAAGCCCCCAGUCGAUCGCCAGUGCUCCACAUACACGAAGAAGUACUUGAGCAGCUGCGGCAGGUGAAGGACCCGGAUAUUGGGCGGGAUAUUGUGGCUCUUGGCUUUGUAAGUGACCUGGAGAUUGGUAAAGAAGAGGUGGGAGGUAGAAAUGUUCAGUUUUGUUUGCGUCUCACAACUCCCGCCUGCCCCUUCAAAGGCCACAUACGGGACGAAGCGGAGGCUGCUGUGCGGCGCUUGCCCUGGGUUAAAGAGGUAAGAGGCUUCCCUGAAGGCGCUGCGUCAGCUGGUCGACCCUCCAACCUUAGACAAGUCGGGUUUGUUGUUGGAGUCGCAUCGUGCAAAGGAGGUUCUGGUAAGAGCACCAUUGCACUUUCUCUUGCUUUGAUGCUGAGGAAAAAUGGAGCUAGAGUGGGACUGCUAGACGCAGACAUAUAUGGGCCAAGCCUCCCCACCCUGCUGACUAUGGAGGAAGCCAGAGUCCGUUUUGAUGUGGACGGGGAGAGCAACGGGGGGGAGGAAGUGGAUGCUGCUGCGCAACACAACACGACACAUUCGCUGCAAGGCAGACCGGCAACAGGGGCGGUAAGACGAACGCGCAUUGAGUACGAAGGGUCUCAUGCCAAGGAACCUCUCAAGGCUAACGCUGAACAGGCACAAAGAUCUGCAGCUACAAAGGAAGCGAAUUUGAGUAUGCUUCCCCUUAUGGUAUCCGGGAUAAAGUGCAUGUCCUAUGGUUUUAUUGCGAAGGAGAAUGAACAGGGUUACUCAGCCUUGAGAGGCCCAUUCGUUAGUUCGGUAGUGGAGCAGCUGCUAACAGGGACGCGAUGGGGGGCACUGGAUUAUCUAGUGGUGGAUCUUCCUCCAGGAACAGGGGAUAUUCAUAUUACUCUUACGCAGCAGCAGGUGCCUCUUGAUGGCUGUGUUGUGGUGACGACGCCACAGGCCCUCAGCUUGGUGGAUGCACAGAGGGGUAUCAUGAUGCUGAAAAGUCUAUCCAUCCCGAUAUUAUCAGUUGUAUGCAACAUGGCCUACUUCACGUGUGAUAGCUGCGAAAAACGCCACGAGCUUUACGGCGUCCCAGGAGCGACACAGCAGUUGGCGGAGCUUAGCGCUGCACAACAGUUGCUUGUUCUGCCCUUUGAUUCAAGACUCAAUUCUAUCUCAUUCGCAGGGUCGCCGCAGCCUGAUGCGAGGGAUUCCUUUGUGGACAGACUAGGCCCUGAAGAUCCAGUGUGGAGUGCUAUUCGCUCCCUUGCAGACAGGGUAGCUUGCGAGCUCUCUACAAGGCACUUCGGAACCUUAAAGCCACAACCUUCCGUUACUGCUGAUGGAACCGCGGUCCUGGUGUCUCUUGUACGCCCAGAGAGGGCUCUCCUAGGAGAGGGCAACCCGGUAAUGGUGAAUGAGGUUUUCGAAAUCUCUGGAGAUAUUUUACGGCAGCGAUGCAAGUGCAGAGAAUGCACGUCAAGAGGUUUAGAAGGCCAGCGGCUAAGGACUUCUGAACGCGAUGUAGUAAUUGUCAAGCUGGUUGAAGCUGCGGUUGACGAGGUGGCGAUUAUCUGGUUAGCACAAAAUUAUUGUAAAUUUACACCGACUCUUUUCGUUAUGCAUUGUGAUGCGUACAGUAUUUGGAUUUGGUCAGUUGUGAAUGUCAGUUCUUGUGUUACAUAUGCAAAGGCGGCUUCGUUCUGCGUCUGCGUUGUUGGAACCGUGUCAGGGAAGACGGCCACGAAUCCCAUUUUCUAUUGA